AUGAGAAACAUUGAUUUUAUUCACACUUUCUCUCUCUUUAUGCAUGGCAGAACUGAUGCUGCGCUAGUUAUAGAUAUUGUUAACCUUGUGGUGAUGAAGUUGGUUGAACCACUGGUUAAUUCAAAGGGACUUGUUGGAAUUAGAGAUAAAAUUGCAGACUUAGAAUCAUUGAUACGCAAAGAUCCAAAAGACACUCGUUUUAUUGGAAUUUGGGGUAUGGACGGUAUUGGCAAGACAACUCUCGCAGAAGAAAUAUUUCACAAACUACGAUUUGAUUAUGAAGGUUCUUAUUUUCUUGCCAAUGAAAGAGAACAAUCAAGCAAAUGCGAAAUAAUAUCUUUGAAGAAGGAAAUUUUUUCUGAAUUAUUAGGAGAUGUUGCAAAAAUUGAUACACCAAAUUUGUUGGCCAAUGAUAUCAUUAGAAGAAUUGGUCGUAAGAAGGUUUUUAUUGUUCUUGAUGAUGUGAAUGAUCCAGAUCAUGUGGAAAAAUUAUUGGGACCUCUUAAUAAUUUCGGAUCAGGUAGUAGAAUAAUUGUAACAACUAGAGAUGAGCAAGUACUUAGUGCUAAUAAAGCUGAUGAAAUAUAUUGCCUUAGAGAAUUUAGUUUUGAUAAAGCACUUGAAUUGUUCAAUUUGAAUGCUUUUAAUCACAAUGAUCAUCAAAGGGAGUACAAUGUGCUAUCAAAAAGGGUGGUGAAUUAUGCUAAAGGAAUUCCAUUAGUUCUUAAAGUUUUGGCACAUCUUCUUCAUGGAAAAAAUAAAGAAGUGUGGGAAAGUGAGUUAGACAAGCUUGAGAAAAUGCCUCUUACCAAAGUUUAUGAUGUAAUGAAAUUGAGUUAUGAUGAAUUAGAUCGUAAAGAGCAACAAAUUUUUCUAGAUUUGGCAUGUUUCUUUCUAAGAUUGCAUGUAAAGGUAAAUCUGAGUGAUCUCAAAUUUUUAUUGAAAGAUGGCGAACAUGACAAUUCAGUUAUUGUUGGAUUAGAAAGGUUAAAAGAUAAAGCUCUUGUAACUUUUUCUGAGGAUAAUUUUGUAUCUAUGCAUGAUAUUUCACAAGAAAUGGCUUGGUGA